AUGUUGCUUCCGCUGUGCGCUGUUCUUCUCUAUGUUUGCGGUGUGGUUGUGUACAGGUUGUACCUUCAUCCUUUAAGCAAGUUUCCGGGACCAAAACUAGCUGCGGCAUCGACUCUCUAUGAAUUCUAUUAUAAUGUUAUCCAAGGGGGUCGGUAUCUGUUCGUGAUUGAGGAGUUGCACAAGAAAUAUGGUCCGAUUGUGCGCAUUACACCUCAUGAACUUCAUGUUUCAGAUCCAUCUUUCUACACGGAAAUCUAUGCUGGUCCUACUAGAAAGCGUGAGAAGGACCCAAGAAUGGUCCGGUUGGCAGGACAGCCGACUUCGAUGUUCGCAACUGUCGACCACAACUUGCACGCUUCACGGCGCGCUAUUCUCAGUAGUUACUUUUCGAAGAAGUCUAUCACCGGUCUGGAGAGUAUGAUCCAAAGUAAAGUUGAUAAGCUUAUGGGACGGCUCAUCACUGCCUGUGAUCAAGGCAUCGUGGUCCCCCUGGAUUGGGCAUCCUCAGCUCUGACUGCCGAUAUCAUUUCGGAGUUUGCGUAUGGUGUUAGUCUCGACUAUCUGGAUGACCCCAAUUUUAAGAACGAGGUUGCAGAGUCGAUUUUGAGUCUUGCAUCUUCUGUUCAUGUGUUGAAAUUUUUCCCUUUUAUCCUGUCUCUUUCGAAAAUGAUCCCAGACAGUGUUGUUGAGAUUCUUUCCCCCGAGGCUUCAAAGAUUUUGCGAUUACAGAAGCUAGUCCGUGCACAGGCCGCUGUUGCGUUAGAGAAUGGAGGUCAUAUCAAGGGGAAGAACACAAUGUUUGGAGCUCUCUGUGACCCUUCACUGCCCCCACAAGAGCGAUCUCUCGAUCGGCUUCAGGACGAGGGCUUCUCACUGAUUGGCGGAGGCACCGAGACUACUGCAGGAACGCUGAAGAUUAUCAUGUUUAACUUGCUGCACGACAAGUCUCUGCUAUUAAAGCUUCGUGAGGAGCUUGCCCAAAACUCAAGUGGUACAUGGGCUGAGCUCGAGCAAUUGCCCUACAUGAGAGGAGUAAUUAAUGAGGGACUUCGUCUUUCCGGCGUGAUUACUCGACUUCCACGACGUGCUCCAGAUGAAGCAUUGCACUUGAAUGAGUGGACAAUUCCCGCGAACACACUUCUGAGCACAUCAUCCUGGUUUAUGCAUAUGAACACAGACCUGUUUCCUAAUCCGCAUAAAUUCGAUCCUGAGCGAUGGAUUCGCGCCCAAGAAGCCGGACAGCGUCUUGAGCCAAUGAUUGCCGCCUUCAUUAAGGGAUCCAGACAAUGCCUGGGUAACAACUUGGCUUUGGUGGAGCUGUACCUGGUUAUUUCUGCCUUGGUCAGACGAUUUGAUAUGGACUUGUACAAAACUGGACCCGAGAAUAUUGUUACUUACAGGGAGUUUGGCUUUGGAAUCCCCAAGGAGAAGGGAGGGCUGAAAGUCAUCAUCACGAAGACGCUAAGCUCAUAG